GGAAGGUUGAUUCCCUACUCCCUUCUCUUCUUUUAUAUCCUGAGGCUUUCCCGGUCGUUGUCUUGGCUCGCCCGUUUGCCGCUCAGUCUCUCUCUCCCCUCUCCUUCCCUCUCAUCUCCAUCCCGAUUCCCGCCCGUCCCUCUCCCCCGUCCGGCGUCUGCGUGUCUCCAACUCUUGGCUGCCGCACCCGCACCCGCACCCGCAACCGCACUCACGGCCACAUCCGCACCCGCAACCGCACCGUGUACUCGCCGCUCCUUCUGGCUCAUGGUUGAAGGCGGAAACAGGCGCCAAAACAGCGACGUCACGAAUCGAAACUUUGAGACGGUCACCCAUCGGCUCCGUCUCGGCACCCACGCAGCCGACGGCCUCGUUUUGUUUGCCCCCGAACAUAUCUCCGAGAGCCAUCUGGAUAGCCAGAACCUUGACUCAGGGCACCCUGGUCGUUCUUCUUCGUUUUCCCUAUCUUUUUUUCAACGGUGAAACUGGUACAGCCCGCGUUUCUCCAAACCGGCCCCCCGUCCGAUUGCGAUAAACCAACAACCGGACGUCGACACCAGGUUUUCGUUUUGGUCAAAGGGUUCUUACUCACGGUGCCUGAUCCGUCCGGGCCUCAGAGAAGCCGAAAACGCUUUGCCGAGGAGGAAUUACGCCUUCAACCGGCCAUUGGAUCCAGCUUACCAACCAGCUCGAUUGCAUUGUGGACCUACAACUCUUUCGAGCAGUCGCGCCCGAAAAAAGGCAAAUAAACCGCCACCUGCAAAAAAUAAAUUUCCAAAAACCGGAAGGGGGCAGGAAAGCGUCCUUUCUCCCCAUUGAUUGCCGUCAUCUUUCCCAGUCUCGCAAUCCGAUCGACCCUGAGAAGACCUCACCACGGUCCGCCGCCAUAUGUCCGGCUCCAUCAUGCACAAUGAGCCGAUCCUGCUGAUCGAGGUCGGAGCUGCUUUGGGCCUUAUCGCCCUCACCUCAGUUCCGGCCCUCACAGGGCUCGUCAAGCAGUUCAGGUCCCGCAAGCCCAAGGAUCAUUUUUACGAGGACAGGGACGGAAAGAGCACUGCCGAGUCUUCAGCCGCCUUCUCAAACCGCUGGCCCAAAACCUUUAUUUUUCUCUUCGCUUUCCUAGGACUGGCUGUGUCGUUGGCCAACUCCAUCCUCGCCACUUCCUCAACUCGCGCCGGCAACAAGCUCGACAGUCUCUUCAUUGCUGAGUGGCUCGCAACCGGUGUGUCGAUCCUAUUGGCUCUGCAGGCCGUGGGCAUCGUCGCCACCAAUGACUCCGUUCACGCUUAUAACCUUGGUCUGUGGCUGUGGUUCUCCGGCUUAGUCUCGGCUGCCGUCCAGAUUCUGCAGGGCACUGCGGUUUUCGACCACCUCCUCAAGAACAACCCGACCUCGUUCGGCCUCAAAAUUGCUAGUCUGGCCCUCACCCUCGGUCUUGUUGUGACCGGUGUCGCUUUGCCCCGGAGACCCGACGUCUACUUUGAGGGUAAGGCUGUCGACCGCCUCAGGACGGUGCCUGCUUACACCCGCUUUACUUGGGGCUGGUGCAGCGAGAUCCUUGACCUGGCCACCAAGAAGAAGGACCUCGAUGCAUCUGACCUCCCUAAGCCGGACCAUUGGACCAGGUCCAAGGACUCGGCUGCGGCAUGGAAGUCAUACAACUUCGAUUCUGACUCGAACCUAUGGUGGUCCAUCGUCUGGGCCUACCGCGUGCCCUUGUUCGUACAAUGGUCCAUCGCCAUAUCUAAGGCGCUGUUGAGCUUCGCCCCUUCGUGGAUCACCUUGCAGAUACUCGAGGCCCUCGAGCGUAGACACCCCGGCGACGAACUCCCUGUAGAUGUCUGGAUCCUGGUCUUUUGGCUCGGCCUCGCCAUCUUGGCCGACGCGUGGGCCGAGGCAACCAUGUUCUGGCUGUCCUGGGCCGAGCUGUGCAUCCCCCUCCGCGGCGCCCUGUCUGCUCUCAUCUUUGAGAAGUCCAUGCGAAGAAAGAACGUCAAGACUGCCUCCAAGCAGGAGGCCGAGCCAACGGAGCAGGAGACCAACGGAAAGGACGACCCGAAAUCCAAGACCGACGACGAGGAAGAGGCCGAGGACGACAACGUCCUCAAGUCGAAGCAGGCCAUCAUCAACCUGAUCGGCGUUGACGCCAAGCGCAUCUCCGACUUCGCCGCCUUCCAGUUCCUUUUCCCCUCCAGCGGUGCCAAGUUGAUCGUUGCCAUCUGGUUCCUGGUUUACCUGCUCGGCUGGGGCCCCCUCGGUGCCGGACUCCUCGCGUGGGCCAUUCUGCUCCCCAUCAACUUCACCUACGCCAAGGUCUAUUCCAAGGCGCAGGACAAACUGAUGAAGAUCCGUGACCAGAAGCUCGCCGUUGUCAAUGAGGCUCUCGUAGGCAUGCGUCAAAUCAAGUUUUCGGCGCUCGAGCCCCAGUGGGAGAAGCGCAUCCUCGACAUGCGUGAGAAGGAGCUUGGUGCUCUUUGGCAGGUCUUCAAGGGCGACACGGUGCUUUUCGGCAUGUGGAUCACCAGUCCCAUCGCCUUGGCCGCCGUCUCCCUCGCCACCUACGCUUUCCUUAACGGCACCUUGAUCCCGUCGGUUGCUUUCGUCAGUAUCGGCGUCUUCAAGAACCUCGAGGUCACCCUGGCCGUCAUUCCCGAGCUCAUCACCGAUGUCAUCGACGCCAACAUCUCCGUCAAGAGAAUGCAGGACUACCUGAACGGGCCCGAGCUGACCAAGACCGUCACGGAGGGCCCCGAUGUCGCUUUCGAGAAUGCCACCAUCGCCUGGCCCGUCGACGACGAGACGAAAGAUGAGGAUAGGUUCAUAUUGCGCAACGUCAACGUCACUUUCCCUGCCGGCGAGUUGUCCGUCAUCUCUGGAAAGACUGGCACAGGCAAGAGUCUCAUGCUGGCAGCCAUUCUCGGAGAGUCAGAUCUCCUGUCCGGCACAAUCUACGCGCCCAAGCCUCCCCCGCUCCACGAGCGCAACGACGACAAUGCUAAUCGUGGCAAUUGGAUAAUCCCUGGUAGCAUCUCAUUCGUCGGACAGAUCCCCUGGAUCGAGAACGCUACCUUGAAGAGCAACAUCCUCUUCGGUCUCCCCCUGGACGAGGACCGCUACAACAAAACCAUCGAAGUCUGCGCCCUGAAGAAGGACCUGGAAAUGCUGGCAGACGGCGACAAGACGGAGCUGGGAGCUAACGGCAUCAACCUCAGCGGUGGCCAGAAGUGGCGUCUCACCCUCGCUCGUGCUAUCUACUCGCGCGCCGGCAUCCUCGUCCUGGACGACAUCUUCAGCGCCGUUGACGCCCACGUUGGCCGUCACAUCUACGAGAAGUGCCUCACCGGCGAGCUCUGCAAGGGCAGGACCCGCAUCCUUGUUACCCACCACGUCGCGCUCUGCGAGCCCAAGACCAAGUUCCUCGUUGAGCUCGGCGACGGCGGCGUCCAACACUCUGGUCUCUUGUCCGAGUUGACCGAGGACGGGACCUUGCAACUGAUUAAGAGCCACGAGCAGGCUGCUCUGGAGAUUGCCGACGAGGAGGCCACUGCUGUCAACUCGGAGGAGGCGUCUGACGUCGAGCCUUCCGAGGUCACUGAGCUCAACGGCGAUGGCGGCAUCCUGAAGAAGGUUCCGUCAAAGGCUGCCCGUCAGUUUGUCGAAGACGAGACUCGUGAGAAGGGUUCCAUCAAGAAGCAUGUCUAUGCCGCAUACUUGAGUCAAAGUGGUGGCUGGCCUUGGUGGGGUUGUGGUUUCGGGCUCUUCGUCAUCUACCAGUUCGUUGUCAUCGGACGAUCAUGGUGGCUUCGCAUCUGGACCGGCCAGUCCGAGGGGUCCGUCAGCGCCUCCUCUUACAAUCAAGUCCAGCAUCAAUACGCCUACGCCCUCACCCUCCAGCAUAGCGAGCUCCAUGUGCCGUCUGACACCGUCAGCAUCACGAUGGACAAGGAUACUCUAUUUUACCUAGCUGUCUACGUCGGCAUUUCGGCCUUCUCGGCCAUACUCGGUACGGGUCGCUUCUUCUACUUCUUCCUCAUGAGUUACAAGGCCAGCCGCCGCAUGUUCGAGGGCAUAACCCGCACCGUCCUUCGCACCCCGCUCCGCUGGCUCGACACCGUCCCGACCGGCCGUGUCCUCAACCGAUUCACGGCCGACUUCAACGUCAUCGACAACCGCCUUGGCAUGGAUCUCUCGGGCGCCUUUGGCGCCAUCCUUAGCGUUCUCGGAAUCUGCAUCACUGCCUUCUACGUCUCCCCGCUCAUCAUCCCACUGGCGUGUGUGCUCCUGUUCAUCGCCAUCUGGAUCGCUAUACGCUACCUCGCCGGCGCCAGGCCCGCCAAGCGCCUCGAGAGCACCACCAAGUCGCCCAUCUUCGACCUCUUCGGCUCUACACUCGUCGGCAUGAUGACUAUCCGCGGCGCUGACAAAGCCCAAGUCUACAUCGACUCCAUGUACACGCGCCUGGACGAGUACGACAUGGCGUCGUGGCACCUGUGGUUAUUCAACCGCUGGAUGGGCUGGCGCAUGUCUCUUAUCGGCGCCAUGUUCUCCACCGCCGUCGGCUUCGUCGUCCUUGGCAGCCCCCUGAUGGGCCCCGCCCUCGCCGGCUUCACUCUCUCCUUCGCGCUCGAGUUUUCGCAGGCCAUUGUGUGGUCCAUCCGUCACUACGCCAACAUCGAGCUCGACAUGAACGCCGCCGAGCGAGUCGUCGAGUACUCGGACCUCCAGACUGAGGACCAGGGUGGUAUACAGCCUCCCGCCACUUGGCCGACCGAAGGCCGCCUGGAGGUCAAGGACCUCGUCGUCAGCUACGCCGAGGACCUCUCCCCCGUCCUCAAGGGCCUGAGCUUCAGCGUGAACAAGAACGAGCGCGUCGGUGUCGUCGGCCGCACGGGCGCCGGGAAGUCUUCCCUGACCCUCGCCCUGUUCCGUUUCCUCGAGGCCCGCUCGGGAAGCAUCCACGUUGACGGCCUUGACAUCUCCAAGGUCAAGCUCCACGAGCUGCGGUCCCGUCUAGCCAUCAUCCCCCAGGACCCGGUUCUCUUCUCUGGCUCCAUUCGCUCUAACCUCGACCCCUUUGACAACCAGAGCGACGCCGACCUCCGCGACUCCCUGCAGCGCGUGCAUCUCGUCGACUCGAACCCGUCGACCCCGGGCGAGCCUUCAUCGUACGCCGCCGUCGUCGCCGCCGGCACCAGCGCGGCGGCGCCCGCGCUCGACGCGUCGCAAAGGAACACCAACGUCUUCCGCAACCUCAACUCCCCCAUCUCCGAGGGCGGUGGCAACCUCUCGCAGGGCCAGCGCCAGCUGCUCUGCCUCGCGCGCGCCAUCGUGUCGCGACCCAAGGUCAUGGUACUCGACGAGGCGACUUCGGCUGUUGACAUGACAACGGAUGCGCUCAUCCAGCGGUCCAUCCGCGAAGAGUUCAACGACUCGACGCUCAUCGUCAUCGCCCACCGUCUCAGCACGAUUGCGGAUUUCGACCGCAUCCUGGUGCUGAGCGACGGCGCCGUCGCAGAGUACGGAAGCCCGAGGGAGCUGUGGGAUAAGGAGGGCAGCGUGUUCCGAGGCAUGUGCGAGGAGAGCGGCGAGAAGGAGAAGUUGAAAAACAUCAUUUUUGGUUGAGACGGUCCGAGACCCCCCACCUCCAGGAUAUCCGGGUCCGAGCAUACGGGAUGAUUUCCAGAAAUGAACGAAGCCUUGUGUGAGAGAUGUUUCCAAAUCUUUGAGACGAUUUGUUAUUGUUGGCGUCUUCUUGUUUGUUCCGUUCUCUCCUUGUUUUUAUCUGUGUAAAGAGAGACAAAAAAAGUACUAUAAAAGCCGGACACAGCCACAGCGCAUGUCCCAUCUGAUAGCAGGCCAUUGGCCAACUAAGAUCACACGACCUUUUGCAAGUAGUAAAUGCAACCAUGUUUGUACUGAUGAACUGGAAUGAAAGAUGCUCAUCGGCGGUUGGGGGUUUCAUGGAUCAUUGGGACGCUGCAACAUGAGCAAGACCGUUCGACAUCGUGAUGGGACGUUUCAAACGACAUAGCAGGGCGUGUCCCAUCACUAACCGUAUCCUGAGUGAUUCUCCAAGCCAAUCUUCCCACCUGUUCAGGCUCACCACACUUGGAUCAAUGGCCGCUCAGAAACACAAAACGGCCAAGGUGUCAACAAGCAAACCAAACCAAACUUACUCGUUAACUCUGCUCUGAGGCAUGCAUCGGUGGGGUAAACGAGUGUUUUCCUUUAGCUACCUAGCUGUUGAUCGCGGGAAAUGAGAGACGGCGACGGGAGCGUGAUCCACCCCCCUCCCCCAAUGUAAAACCGUAGAUAUGUGGCAUCACACAACACCCAGUCCACAUCGUCUCGGCAGUACUCAGGUACCGUACCCUGAUAUUCAAUCUGAUUAUACACACCAAGAACCAGAACCAGACCCAGAAAACCACCCAUAACAAAAACAGGACAAAGAAUACGAUCCAUCUUGGGCAGAAGAACUCUCUCUCUCUCUCUCUCUCUCUCUCUCUCUCUCCAUCCGGUCU